AUGACAGCAUUUCCAGGGCAAUCGAAACUUGAUCCCGAAUAUUUGUUUACACGUCAGGAAAAAAUUGGACGUGGCUCAUUUGGCGAAGUUUUCAAAGGAAUUGAUAAUCGUACUGGACAGGUAGUUGCAAUAAAAAUAAUUGACUUGGAGAAAGCUGAAGAUGAAAUUGAGGACAUACAACAAGAAAUUAUGGUACUUAGUCAAUGUGAUUCACCAUAUGUCACGAAAUACUACGGAUCGUAUUUGAAAGAAUCCAAACUAUGGAUAAUAAUGGAAUAUUUGGGUGGUGGUUCAGCAUUAGAUUUAACAAAAUGUGGUAAAUUAGAAGAAGGUCAUAUUGCUGUAAUUCUGCGCGAAAUAUUGAAAGGUUUAGAGUAUCUCCAUUCUGAACGGAAAAUUCAUCGUGAUAUUAAAGCUGCAAAUGUUUUACUGUCCGAAAAUGGUGAUGUAAAAGUAGCAGAUUUUGGUGUCGCAGGGCAGCUAACAGAAACGGUGAAAAAACGAAUUACAUUUGUGGGGACACCAUUUUGGAUGGCACCUGAAGUGAUCCGGCAAGCUUCUUAUGAUUUCAAGGCAGAUAUUUGGAGUUUAGGCAUUACAGCCAUAGAACUAGCGAAUGGUGAACCACCACAUUCAGACUUGCAUCCAAUGCGUGUAUUAUUUUUGAUACCCAAAAAUCCUCCACCACAACUAAAUGGAUCUCACUGGUCUCGUCUGUUCAAGGAUUUCGUCGAAUUAUGUUUGAAUAAAGAUCCAGAAAAUAGACCUUCUGCAAAAGAGUUACUGAAGCAUCCAUUCAUUCGAAGAGCAAAGAAAAAUUCAAUUCUAAUGGAUUUGAUUGAGCGGAGUGCGGACUAUAAAGCAAGACUUGGACCAAGUAGCGAUUCAGACCAAGAUGAAGAAGUUGAUAGUAGUGGCGGAACCGAUUGGGUGUUUAAUACGAUAAAAACACCACAAUGUACAAAUGAUGUUAUGGAUGACCAAAAUACUGUACGACUGAAGAGUGAUACUACAAGACCAUCCUUACCAUUAUCUUAUUUAUCGCGAACUCAAGAAAUAAGCCCAAAUUCUACAAUUAUUAAUAGAAAUAAUGAUUCUAGUGUAGCGCAAGUAGCACAUGAACUUCGCCAGACAUCAUUACGUCCAACAAGUUCUUCUACUUCUUACACUAACUAUUCAUCACCAGUUUAUGCUAAUACGGGUUCAUUCACAAAUGAUGUCAAAGUGGCACAUAAUGGUAAUGCUACAACGAUAGCCGUUUCAUCACCAACAAGUUCACCUACCUCAUCAUUAAUUCGCCAUUCGUUUGCAAUCAAUGAUACUUCGAAUAUGCAAGGAGCAGUACAACGUGGUCGUGAUAUGUCCUCACAUACUAGCAAUGCAUCAAACAUUCGUACUGCUUACCGAACAUCAUCAGUUCAUCAGAGUAAUCAUCUUUCAACACAAAUGAAUGAACCAUUAUAUGAGCAACCAAAGAGAAAGGGUGUCUUGGAAUAUACAUUACUGCCAGCUUUGGAUAGAUUAGCACGUACUCGUCAUUCGGGUACUGAUUUGAAUGCUGUAGCUGCAGCUUUCAAAGAAGCUGAAAAGAAUUGUCCUGGUAUAUGUGACGAAUUUUUGGUUGAAUUACUAACUGCUGUUGCAUAUCCUCAGGCAACUGAAUCUGAAUUGCAAGCAGCUGUUGAUCGUUUAACUGCGCGAUCACUGUGA